AUUACUCUGAUUAAAGAGCUGCACCCACAGCCACAGGUUGGAAACACUCAGCUGACAAUACUAAACAGGAUGCCAUCUACAUCACACCAGCCUAUCAAAAUACAGCGUUCCCCAUCUGGCCAAUCAAAAAAGAAGUCAACACCAACGUGGGUCCGCUUCCAACCAAUCGUAAGAGGCGGCAAUGUGACGUCGUUCUAUCAGCUGUUCUUGUUUUGCUUCUUUUUCUUCUUUUCUUCUCAGGGGUCUUGCUAAUAGACGGCUAAAACAGCCGAACUCAAACCAAAUCUGAAACCCUCUGGUAUCGGCUGGAGCGCGAACUUAGCCCUCAUACUUAACAAGAUUAACUUUUCUUUCGAAUUGGAGCCGUCUUCCGCCGACAUCAAGCGAAGAGGUGCACCCGAUCCCAGGCCUCCAAUCCAGGGCGGAUGGAGGACAGGAGGCCGCUGGGAAUCGGGAUGGAGACCGGAGAGGGUGCUGGUGGGCCUGGCGGACCGGAUGGACUGGGGCCCCAGUUUGGCUGUGCUUCCUUCAACCAAGACUCAACGUCCCUGGCUUUGGGAACAAAGACUGGCUACAGGCUGUUUUCUCUGACGAUUGUGGAUAAACUGGACUGUAUUCACGAGAGUGAGACUCCAGAUGUUUACAUUGUGGAGCGUCUGUUCUCCAGCAGUCUGGUUGUUGUAGUGAGUAUUACCAUGCCACAUUGCAUGAAUAUCUACCACUUCAAAAAAGGGACUGAAAUCUGCAACUAUAGCUACCCCAACAAGAUCCUGGCUGUCAAGCUCAACAGACAGAGGCUUGUGGUGUGCCUUGAAGAGUCCAUUUAUAUUCACAACAUCAAAGACAUGAAGCUUCUCAAAACUCUGUUAAACACUCCGUCCAACCCCUCAGGUCUUUGUGCUCUUUCUAUCAACCAUUCCAGCUCAUACCUGGCGUACCCUGGAAGUGACACUAUUGGGGAGAUUAUAGUGUAUGAUGCAAAUAAUUUGAAUACAGUGACAAUGAUUCCAGCUCAUGACAGUCCACUGGCAGCUCUCACUUUCAAUGCCUCGGCCACCAAACUUGCCAGUGCCUCGGAGAGGGGCACUGUAAUUCGAGUGUUUUCCAUUCCUGAGGGCCAGCGCCUUUAUGAGUUCCGACGAGGCUUGAAGAGGUACGUCAACAUUCGCUCUUUAUCCUUCAGUCCAGAUGGUCAAUUCCUCUGUGCAUCCAGCAACACAGAAACAGUGCAUAUCUUUAAACUGGAACAACUUGCACAAAAUGAAGGGGAUGAGGCUGUCACCUGGACAGCUUACGUUGGGAAAAUGUUUUCAGCAGCCAGCAACUACAUCCCUGCCCAGGUAUCUGGCAUGAUGAGCCAGGACAGGGCCUUUGCCACCGUUCAUCUCCUUACAUCCUGCCAGAGGAAUGUUUGCAGCCUAGCAAUAAUCCAGAAGCUUCUGCGACUGCUGGUGGCAACAGCUGAUGGACAACUGUUCAUCUACAAUGUGGAUCCACUGGAUGGAGGCGAGUGCAUGCUGGCCCACAAACACAGGCUUAUUGGUGAUCAUGAUGAUGACCACAAUGAAGUAACAGGAAUAGAAGGGUCAGAGGUCACAGAGCAAACACCAGCCCCUCCAUCCUAUGCUGCAACUGCUGCUUUACCUGCUUCUGGUCCUGUCUCUACCACCCUCACUGGUUACUCUGAAGAUGGUGGGGCAAAGAAAGGUGAAGUCAUCCCAGAGCAUGAGUUUGCUGCUGGACCAGUGUGUCUGGACGACGAGAAUGAGUUUCCUCCUGUGAGCACCCAGAAACUGCCAGCUAAAGCUAGCCUUACUAUAAUGGGUGUAAAUGUAGGCAAAAGAUAACAAGAUUAGAAGAUAACUGAUUCUUUGGGGAAGUUCAUUCUUAACUACAGCAACAUUUUAAGACUAACUGAUCAUUAACUUCAACCUAACAAAAAACAAUACAGUCUGAUACAAAAACUCAGCAGUCAAGCAUACCUUAUAUAGCUAAUCAUUUUAAUUCUCUAGUUCACUCUGCUUUAGAGAGAUGAUUUAUUUUCAUAAUCUUUCAGAGGCUGCUGUCUAUGCUGAAAAAGACUGAGUUCUUGUGGCAGUCAGUUCCAACAGGAUGGGAAGCUGCAGUGUUGCUAUCAUAAAUAUAAUGUCAUAUUGCGGUUUUCAUAUUAUUUACAUGCAGGGAAACUGAUGAUAAUAUUAUAUGGGCAGCAAAUGAAGGCUUAGGUUACUUUUACCUAAUUAUUUAAUGCAGCAACUAAUGACUUUGGUCUUCCUUUUAGGUCAACUAGGCUACUAGUAUUCUUUUGUCUUAUACAUUAAGAGAAAAACAUGUAGAAUUUAUUGAUUCACAUAUUGGAUAAUUUGAUGUCCACAGAGAAAAACACCUGUUAAGGUAACUGUCCUGAAAGGUUGUUAUUGCUUUGAAUGGUUUACUUACAUUUCUCUUCAUCUGUGUACCAAAGAGCUGCUUUUGAAAAUUCUGUGAACAAAUCUAAUGGGUCUGUUCAUGUGUUUUGAUAGAUUAAUU